AUGAUGUUUGUCUCCGGCGAAACCGGCGAGCCCUCUCCAGAGACAACCACCCUGAUCGAGUCCAUAGUACAAGACCAAGUCCAACACAUGCUGCGCGAAUGCACAUCACUCGCAACCCGCCGAGGCUCCAAGUCCAUUUCCACCGACGACCUAUUCAUGCUGAUCCGGCACGACCGAGCUAAGAUCUCGCGCCUGCGCCACUUCCUGCAAUGGAAGGACGUUCGCCGCUCCGUCAAAGACAGCGACGACAAAGGCGGCGACGCCGGUGCCGACGUCGGCACAGGCGACGCUGACCUUGCCGCAGGCGUCAUGGGCGGGGGCACAUCAGGCCCAGGACCCGAAGCGGGCAAGAAGGCGAAGCGAGCCAAAGUCGAUCUGGUGUGGGACGUGCAUUCCUUCUUCACCGAGUUCCCCCCGCUAAAAGACGACGUGGAAGACGAAGAGGAAGAAGAAAUGAACUUUGCAACACUCCAACGACUGAAGAAUGCAGACGAGCGCACCAAGAACAUGACGCGCGAGGAAUAUGUCCACUGGUCCGACUGCCGACAAGCAUCCUUCACGUACCGCAAGGGCAAGCGGUUCAAAGAAUGGGCAGGCUUCGGCCUCAUCACCGACAGCAAGCCCAGCGACGACAUCAUCGACAUCCUGGGCUUCCUGACGUUUGAAAUCGUCCAGACGCUGACCGAGGAGGCGCUGAAAGUAAAGGACGCAGAGGACGCCUUCAAGAAGAGCUCCGGCGGCGAGCAGAACAGACUCAAGCGGAAGAGAGAGAGGGGUCUGUUUGACCCCCCCGAGGAGGCUAGGGAACCCGUUCAGCCCGCUCAUGUCCAGGAGGGUUAUCGCAGGCUGCAGAGGGGGAAUAAUAAGUCUAGGGCUAUGUUGAACUUCACGCGGAACGUGCAUCGCGCUGCGCUGAAAUUGAUCUGA